UCUAAGUGCCUUAAUGUCUCAAUUUUCAAAAUUCAUACGUUAUUCCAAUGGUCUCAGACUGUCCAGAGAUAUUGGUAAACAUUAUCAACUCUCCCAAAUCCAAAAACUAGAGUGCUAAAACCUAAAUUUGUAAUGUCAUAGGGUAUAAAGUAUUGAGCUGCUCCAUAGACAAUGAAUGGGGAAAGCUGUUAUAGUUGACAAGAGUAUUAUUUUGGGCUAUUGUCUUUAUUGUAGCACAGCUUGAGAACGACAGGAAAGAGGGCAGAGAGAAGGGUGAUGCCACACAGCAAAGGGCCACAGGUUGGAAUCGAACCUGCGCUGCAGCUAGGACUCGGCAUAUAUUGAGUGAAGACUCGACCAGACGCCACAGCCUUGCCCCCCCGUGCGCCCUCUUUGCAGACAAAAAGCUGCACUACCCCACCAGGUCUGAGCAGACGCUUCAACUCAGCCCUCGUCUGUGUCAUCCAUCAGUGAAAACAGCUCUUCAAGUUAGCAGGUGACCUGUCCCCUCCCCGGUGUCCCAGCAGGCAGGCAUGGCAGACGGUCGGCAGCCAGAUGAGCACUGGUCCUCAAACGGCCAGGAGAACGGCGAGAAUGGCUACUCCACCUAUAGCUCUGCCUACAGGGAGAAUGGAUACCACGGCGGGGCAGCUGCACAUCCUGGAACGACAGUGGAUGACUCAGCCAAUUUGCCUCCCUCCCCUCCCCCCUCUCCAUCCGCUGAGCAGAUUGGGCCCGUGGCACAAGCCCAGCCAGAAGAAUGUAUCAGUAAGGAAUCUUGUGAGUCUGCUGUGAAAGAAGAUGAACCUCAAGUGGCAUCGCUACCAGAGAAGCAGCUGGCGGCUGAAAGAGCAACACCUGAAGGUGCAGAACUCGCCUUGAAUGAACCUCCCUCUCCUUCUGUGAAAGAGAAAGAACUCUCUGACACCUCCGCAACUGAACAGGGUAAGCAAGACAGACAAGAUGUAGCAGAAGAGGGUGCUAAGAGCCACCUGCUCGUUGAGACCAAAGAAAAAGAAGCAAAACAAUCUCUACUGACAGAGGAGUUAUCAAAUCUUGAGGAUAAAGACAAAGAGGGAGUAAUUUUAUCCACCAAAUCAGAAGCCCCUUUGAAUGAAAGCAAGGAUAAACCAGACACCAUUGAGGAGACAAAUAAGGAGAGCCAAGAUAGUGCCAGUGACGACAGACUGCAUGAGACGCCAGUAACUAACAUUCAAAAAGAGGACCAAAGGCAAGAAACAGUCGAGUUAAGUCCAGAACCUGGCACUGAGUUGAUAGAGACCUCGGAUAUUUUUGUAGAACAUGAGCUUGGAGCAAAAACUUACUUUGAGACAUCAUCAAAAAGCCCCGAAGAGGAGUCAUCACAAACCCAGAGCUAUUACGAGCUCAGCACAGCAGCAGAGAAAAAGUUAAGUGAGGAAACUGAAAGCACUGUGCAGAAGCUUGAGGAACAACAGGAGAGUAAAGUCAAAAUAUAUCCUGGUAAAAUGGCACUAGACCAAAGAAGCCUCUCCCUAAACAUUAAUGUUGGGUCUGUGGCAGGACAGACAGUAAAGGGAGAGAAGUCAAGAACCUUGUGUCCAAUUAGUGGAAGCUUUGAUGAAUCUGAGGUUUACCCUUCAACACCAGCUGUGGAGAGCCAACACCAGUUUCCUCCAGCAGUCUCCAUUACCCCAACUACCACCGAAUCACCUGAAGAUACCCCCAUCAAGGCCGACACACCUUAUCCCACUGAUAAGCACAAAUGUUUUGAGCAUUCAGGCAGCCUUUCUGAAAUGUUGGACCUGGCUGGAGAUCUGCCUCGACCUUCAUUAGAGAGAAUGGAGGUUGACCACAUGAGGCGAAAGUCUGUGCCCGCCAAUGUGUCAGCUCUGGUGGGGAGUUCUUUGGCCAAGCUUGCUUUGGAAGAUCAAACCCCGCGAGUUGUUGGAGGGGAAAGCCAGCUGGAGGAACUGGGCUACUGUGUCUUCAAUGAGUACUCAGGGCCAAUGCCUUCCCCUGCUGAUGUACCCAGCCCCGGGGACUCUCCGCACCAACGUUUCCCUUCUAUGGAGAGCGAAGCUGAGGAGGAGCUCGGGGCCACGGAAGUUGAAGGUGAUCAAAAAGGAACUCAACAACAAGAUCAGAAAGAAAGCAUCCCGGAUAUUUCUCAAAAAACAGUGACUGAAAAGAAAGAUCCACCAGUAAAGAGUAGCUUGAUUCUUGAAAGAGCCGUGACAAGUGGAGUAAAGCCUGAUCGUCUAAGAAUCCCGAUGACUUCUUCAAAUAAUAGACUAAAUGAGUUUCGUUUGGAGAGUGGUCUGCCUGGUGACAUAAAGAUCCAAGCCAUCCCAGAAGUAGAUGUUGAAAAGGACCCAUCCAGAGAGGCUUCUCCCAUCCCACCAGACAGCUCCUUUACUUUCAGCCCUGUGGAAACUGGAAGCAAAGUUCCCCUAACACCCACCACCCCCAAGUCCCCAAAUGAUACGCCCUCAGAAGUCACUGGAGAGAAGACAGGGGAGGAUGUCCUACCAGAGGUCAAAUCAGAGAACGAUCCAAAGUCGGAGACAAUUAAAGAGAAACCGACAGAGGUAGACAAAGGAAUGCAGAAAUCUAAACAGGAGGAAUCGCAAGAAAGGAAGGAUGAACCAGAAAUUGCAAACACAGACACACCGUCAGCACCAUCUCGGUCUUCAGAAGAGAGCACAGAAAAAGAUGACGAAAAGAUUCAAAGUGAGCAUGGGACACCUACAACAUUAGAAAGAAUAGAAAAAGAAGAGACCCCAAAAGCUGUUCAGGAUGUAAUCACCGAAAAGUGCUUAGCUGAGAAAGAUUCCCGAGUCCAGUUACAGGAAGCGACUACGGAUAAAGUCGCACCAAAGCCACAAAUAUCCUCCCCAGUCAUCAUUAUACCUCAAGCACAAGUAGAGGAAGAAGCAGACGAAGAAGAUGAUAUUGAGAUUGCCGAAGAGCCUCAAGAGGUAAUGGAUGACGUGCCUGUGCCCCCCAAGACUGAUCAAAUAGAGAAGAGUCCAAUCAAGGUGAGGCUGACAGUAGGCGAUCAAAGUGUCGACGAAGAUCCAAAGUCUGGAGCAGAAGAAUGGAGUCACAGUGCGCAAAACAGUGACGAUGGGGAGCCUGCGACAGACAGUUCUCAUUUGUCUCCAUGCUCUGAUCAUGAUCUUUCACAGCAACCAGAUGAAGGCAAUAGGGAUGAGGGGAUGGGAGAAGAUAAAGUAAAAGAUGAUGCGCAGAUUAGUCGAAAUGAAGGGACAAAAAAGGAGGCUGAGGUGGUCGAGAGUGACCUCACAGUGGAACAGCAAGUGGAGGAAGUUGGUUCAGAUGGCAUGGGUGAAGAGAAAGAAAAGAAAACAGUGGAGGUUGAGGGGGAGGAGAGGACGGGUGAAGAAGUGGUGGAGGAGAAAGACAUAGAGAUUGCUCAGGAGGUGGAAGAGACGUCUGGUGAGCUCUGCCAGACCAUUCAGGCAGCUAAUGAUGAAACCACCAUGGACGUCUCCAUCCUAGAUACAGACAGUGGCUGGAUGGACUCACAAGAUGAUGACAAAAGUAUCAUGACUGAGCAAAUCGAAGCCCUUCCUCAGGUCCAGAGUCCUACCAGUACACCUGUGGUAGACAGACCCGCUAAACGGGCCCCUGGCAGAGGAAGGGGCCACGCUGGUACCACUGAGAGUAAAGUGUCCCGCAAAGUACCGAGCCACCAUCCACCAAGAGAGGAUAUGAAGAAGAAAAAAGCUGUGAGGAGGGCUGACCAGAAUAAGGUGUCAGCCCUCCAAAGUCGCUCUCCGUCUCGAAAGAGUGUAGCCAAAGUGGCAGCCAGACAUCCUAGGCCUGCUCUGCUUCACGGCUCUGCUAGACGCAAGGCCACAGGUAUGGAAAGCCAUCAGCCCCUCAGUGUGGCUCACCAGUCCAGGGAGAGGACCACUGAGAGAGCAUACCGCAGCCCAGAGAAGAGGUCGUCUCUGCCCAGGCCGGCCAAAUCUCUGACACGCCACAUCCCUGCUGCUGAACAAGAAGACAGCACCCCCUCCAGGCCAACCUCGAUCCAGUCCAGAGCGGACAGCAGGUCUGGAAGAACUCCUGGUAUGGCAGGUACAGAGUCUGCACGUUCCCGAUCAGUCCGUAGCGGCGCCUCCACCCCUGGCUCCUCCGCUGUCACCCCAGGCACGCCCCCCAGCUACUCCUGCCGCACGCCCGGCUCCCGCACUCCCGGCAGCCACACACCCAAGUCCUUCAGCGUCCUCCAGGAGAAGAAGGUGGCGGUGAUCCGAACCCCGCCCAAGUCGCCGUCCUCCGCCCAGCGGCAGCUGAAGGUUCUCAAUCAGCCCCUGCCUGACCUGAAGAAUGUAAAGUCCAAGAUCGGCUCCACCUCCAACCUCAAGCACCAGCCGAAAGGAGGACAGGUCAUGAUUCCAAGUGUUAAACUGGACUUUAGCCACGUUCAGGCUAAAUGUGGCUCCCUGGACAAAAUCCAGCACGCAGCAGGCGGGGGAAACGUCCAAAUCCAGUCCAAGAAGAUCGACUUGAGCCACAUCACCUCCAAAUGUGGCUCCAUGUCCAACAUCCACCACAGACCAGGAGGAGGUAAUGUGCGCAUCGAGAAUGUGAAGCUAGACUUUAAAGACAAGGCCCAAGCCAAGGUCGGCUCCCUUGGCAACACCAGCCAUGUUCCUGGAGGCGGGAAUGUUAUGAUCGAGAGCCACAAACUGUCCUUCCGGGAAACAGCCAAAGCUCGGGUGGAUCACGGCGCAGAAAUCAUCAUCACCCACUCCCCUGGCAUUGAGACAGGCGGCACUUCCCCUCGCCUCUCCUCCUCUGGCAGCAUCAACAUGAUGGAGUCGCCCCAGCUCUCCACGUUGGCCCAGGAUGUCACCGCUGCCCUGGCCAAGCAGGGCUUAUGAGCGGGCUGCCUCCACCUCGGAUACCCUCCAAAAAAUCGUUGCUCCUCUUCCCAUCAAUUUCACUCAUAAGCAUCCAGUGUUCUCCCCUCACUUCAACAUGAUCCCCACAGUAGUUGAUUGAUGUCUCUUCCAUCAACGACCCUUACAGCUGGAUUUUAAAAACUGAUUAUUCCUCACAGGAACACACCCAGUCACUCUUUAUUUCUCAUUCAUUUUCACUCAAAUAUGGACUUUUCUGUUUCCUUUAAGAUAGGCUGAAAGGUUUAAAUGGAUGUGUUUGUCUAAGAUGGCAGUUUUGCGAUUCUACAGUGAUUUUUGUAGCGUGAAAAGCAUCACAUUCCACGUGUACGGGGAUAAAUGGCAACUCAUGCAUCAUGUUCAGAAUUUAUACGGUACUGAAUGCGAGAAAUAGCUACUAGACGCUAGUCUUAAAGAUACAACAGUGCGAGAGACUUAAGUUACAAAAAAAAAAGGCGCGUAACUAUACCUGCAAAAGAAUGGCUGAUGAGCAUGUCUGCUAAAAUGUGACAUGACAGGAAUUUUUGUUAGUUAAUCUUAUGAUUUCCUGUUAUGUGCUGAAUUGUUGGACAAAUUGUGUUU